GAGACUGUGGAAGACAUUGAUAAGAACGGGGAUGGCAAGAUCAACUUAGAUGAAUACAUUGGUGAUAUGUACACACCAGAGAAUGGGGAGAGUGAGCCUGAAUGGGUCCAGACAGAGAGGAAACAUUUCUCAGAGAUCAGAGAUGCCAACAAGGACGGCUUCCUGGAUGGUAGUGAGGUGGCCCACUGGGUUUUGCCGGGAGAGGUAGACCAUGCUGAUAAUGAAGCCAAACACUUGAUCCACGAGACAGACACCGACAAGGACGAGAAAAUAACCAAGAAGGAGAUUCUGGCCAACUGGAACAUGUUUGUGGGCAGCCAGGCGACCAAUUACGGGGAAGAUUUAACAAAGAGACAUGAUGAACUUUGAUGAGCUGCCAGAAGCUCAUUUGGGUUUAUAUUUCACUACUGUGGAGAAUUUGGUUACAGGGGUUUUGGGGAUCGGGGUGGGACAGAAAGUAAAGUCAGUGAAAGGUUCUGACUAUCAUGGACCCUGCACGUCCACAUCCACACAGACACACAAAAUCAAAUACAGCGUGUACUCAUAUACUGUGUAUGUGAAUACAGAUGAUACUGAUGAUCCUUUGCACUCUUUGUUUUAUUGACAUACAUAUUUGAUUUUUAACUGAGAUGCUAUCAUCGUAAUUAUCAUAUAGCAGUUGUACAGUGAAAACUGUAUCUCCAAAAUAUCAAAAUGACAAAGUAACAGCAGUGUGGAGAUGUCCAACAUGGCAUCUAGCUGAAACAAUGCUCUUUUUCUAUGAACCUAAGAGGUAGGAACGUGGUCUCUGCACAUAGGGUCUAAUUGUUCUUAGAUAAUAAAAACAGCCAACAUUAGGGACACAUAGUUUGUUGGAGAUGGACAUGGUUACAUAUGUCAGAAUGGAAUGUGAAUUUGCUGUCAAAAAGUGUAUGAAAUGCACAACUGGAAGAGGGGAAAGGGGUGUGUUACUGACUUUUUGGGGUUUGAUUAUUAAAUAAAGUCUGUUUUUUUUUCAA